AAUAACAUUCCUACCCCAAAGUGUUAGCUACAUCAAGGGCUGCAAACGAGCCGAGUCGAGUCGAGUUUUACUUAACUUGAGCUCGGCUCACAAUGGGUAUUGCCCACAACACCUUGCUAGCGGCGGCGGUUCUGACGACCAUGGUGAUCAUCAUGGCACGUCCUUCGAUCCAGCACACGGUUCAUCUUACCAAUAUGUUACGCCACAAGAUACUGAUCGUGCAUUGUCAAUCCAAAGACAACGAUUUCGACGCCCGCGCGUUGCCCGUCGGCGAGAGUAUCCAGUGGAGUUUCGAGCCGAAUUUGUUCGGCGGGACGCUAUUCUGGUGCAAACUCGCCGUCGAAGACAAGCGUCUUACUUUCACGGCGUACGAACAAAGUGGGUUCGAACAAAAUGGGGCAUACACCGGACACUGGUAUGUUGGUGGCAACGGGGUUUAUCGGAAGGGCAAGUACACCAAUGAUGUAGUUUUCAAGGCUGCUUGGAGGCGAGUCUGGCCACGCCGUUGAAACAUAUACAAAUUACAAGCGCGGCGGCAGGGUACUAUAAUAACAGUACCUUCUCUUUUGUGUCCAUUUUAUCCCGUUGAAUGUGUGAGGAAGUGGUUAAGAUUUAUACCGACAUCUCUCUUGAUAAUUCGUAUUAAUGCGACUAAAGGACUCGUUUAUUUGUUGGAUUUGAAAAUGAAGGUUUUGAGUUUUGAAAACCUUUGGAUUUAUGAUGGAUUUGUUGCAUCUUGUAUUUGAAAGAUAACAUUGUUUGUUUAGUUGAAUUUUUAUCAUGGAUUUAGUUCAUUUGGUAUUUGGUGCUCAAAAAUUCGCCUUCCAUAAUGUGGUAUUUGCAAAUACAUGGGGUCCACGGAUUUGGAGCUAAAAAAAAUUGUCCAGAUCCGUGGGCCCCACUGAUUUGCCUACCUUAACAAACAAUGGCUUUGGAC